GGGCGGGUAGAGGCAUGAGGUGAGGGGGAUGGGGAGUCACUAAUCCUCGUGACCCAGAAUAUCCCCCCCUCCCUGUGAUGAUGAGCUUGCUUUUCCAGAAGGGCUUUCCUUUGAUUCAGGGAAUGGGCCAACCAAUGAGAAAGGGGCAUGUUAGAUUAUUUUGGGGAAGGGCUCGUGCCAGGAGGGUGCACUUUUACUAGGCGACAAGUGUCCCCAGCAACCAGUGUCUCCUGUACCAGCAGAAGCUCGGGAACUCUCACCUCCUUGCCUGCCUCUGCCGCGUCUUUGCCCACUGACCAGCCAUGAGAAGGCAGCUCCGGUCCAGAAGGGCUCCGGCCUCUCCUUACGGUUAUCGCUACAGACUUGACGAUCAGGAUGAAGUAAACCAGAACUACUUGGCAGAUGAAGAGGAAGAAGCGGAAGAAGAGGCUCGGGUGAUGGUGGUACCCGAUUUGGAGGAGGAGGAGGAGGAAGAAGGACAGGAGGAGGAAGAGGAGGAGAUAGAAGAGGAAAAGGAGGAGGAAGAGGGUCAGGGUCCGCCAACAGGCAAUGCCUGGUGGCAGAAAUUGCAGACCGUAAGCGAAUACCUGUGGGAUCCGGAGAAAAGGAUGUCUCUGGCCCGAACAGGUCAGAGUUGGAGCCUGAUCUUAGUCAUUUACUUCUUCUUCUAUGCCUCCCUGGCUGCUGUGAUUACCCUCUGCAUGUACACGCUAUUUCUGACCAUCAGUCCUUACAUGCCGACCUUCACCGAGAGGGUGAAGCCUCCUGGAGUGAUGAUCAGACCCUUCGCCCAUAGCCUUAACUUCAACUUCAACGUUUCCGAACCUGACACCUGGCAGCAUUAUGUCAUUAGCCUAAAUGGCUUUCUCCAGGGUUACAAUGACAGUCUUCAAGAGGAAAUGAAUGUGGAUUGUCCCCCGGGGCAGUACUUCAUCCAAGAUGGCGACGAGGAUGAAGACAAGAAGGCCUGCCAGUUUAAGCGCUCCUUCCUGAAGAACUGCUCGGGCUUGGAGGACCCUACUUUUGGCUACUCUACUGGACAGCCCUGCAUCCUUCUAAAGAUGAACCGGAUUGUAGGCUUCCGUCCUGAACUUGGAGAUCCUGUGAAGGUUUCCUGCAAAGUUCAGAGAGGUGAUGAAAAUGACAUCCGAUCCAUCAAUUACUACCCAGAGUCGGCUUCUUUUGACCUUCGCUACUACCCUUACUACGGCAAACUGACUCACGUUAACUACACCUCCCCACUGGUGGCCAUGCACUUUACAGACGUGGUGAAGAACCAGGCGGUGCCCGUGCAGUGCCAACUGAAGGGCAAGGGCAUCAUAAAUGAUGUCAUCAAUGAUCGUUUUGUGGGGAGGGUAAUCUUUACUCUGAACAUAGAAACCUAA